UACAUAUAACGAAUAUUAAUCGAUAGAUCCUGCUUCUAUUGGUUGAUAGUGAGAAGAAUCUUCACGAUUAUCAUAUGAUAUGGUUAACAUGGACUUUUUUUUCACCUUAAUGGCGUCCCAGGAAUCGAUGAGUUUGGGUCAUAGAGUGGCUCCUCAUCUUUUCUCUGAACCUUCCCAGAGAGCUGAACCGCACGAAAUUUAUACUAUUGAUGACGGGAAUUUUGCAAUUUUCUGCCAAGAAGUACACGACGAGUAAUAAUAACGUGAAAGAAUAUUGGUAAUGUCUAAUCAAGUCUGGAAAGAAAACCAGACUUUCC